AAGUUUUACUGGAUAUUUCAGCAAUGGCUCUAUUUCAAAGGAGUGUGGGACAGAAGGGUAAGAAAAUUUACUUUUGGAGAACUGCUGCUUCCUAACCAUUGUUGUCACUGCCACGAUACACAGAAUCAGCUCUUACCCACCAUCCUUUAUAUCACUGGGAUGGCCUCUGUAAGACAAUGUGUACAACAUCUUUUUAAAAAUUAAAAAACUACAAAAAAACUUGUUAUAAUAUUCCUGUCAAUGCCACUUCUGAGAAAGAAAAGGGACAGGUCCCCAUCAAGUUGUUAACUGCAAUGAAUUGGGGCCUGAAAAGCUAUUUGACUUUCCUUCACUGAUUCAGUAUCUUUGCUGGCAGCUGUUGCUGUUUAAAUAAAGUUGGGUGAAACAGCAAUGGCGGCGCCCAGUGAGAGGAGUUGGAAUUGGUUGGUGCCGCUCGCCUUCGGUGUAACCCUGCUAAAGUGUUUACUUAUUCCUGCUUAUCAUUCAACAGACUUUGAAGUCCACAGAAACUGGCUGGCAAUUACUCACAGUUUACCUAUUUCACAGUGGUAUUAUGAAGCAACUUCGCAAUGGACUUUGGACUAUCCACCAUUUUUUGCAUGGUUUGAAUACCUACUCUCUCUCAUUGCACAAUAUUUCGACAAGGAAAUGUUGGUUGUCCAGAACCUUAAUUAUGCCAGUGAUGCAACAAUACUAUUUCAGCGACUUUCAGUCAUCAUCAUGGAUAUCGUAUUUAUUUAUGGAGUACUGGAAUGUUGUAAGUGUGUUAAUAGAAGAAAAGAAUCAAAGGAAAUAAUGGAAAGACCAGCGUUUAUACUUGCAGUGCUGUUACUUUGGAACUUUGGAUUAUUGAUUGUUGAUCAUAUUCACUUUCAAUACAAUGGUUUGUUAUUUGGUGUCAUGCUUCUUUCCAUUGCAAGGAUGUUUCAGGAAAGACAUUUGGAAAGUGCACUACUCUUUGCAAUCCUGAUGAACUUUAAGCACAUUUUUCUUUAUGUGGCUCCUGCCUAUGGUAUUUACCUACUACGUUCAUACUGCUUCACUGAGAACAAGCUAGGUGGAUCUAUCCAGUGGAAGAGUUUCAGUUGUUCCCGUCUUUUUGCCUUGGGAUUUAUAGUCUUCUCUGUUUUUGCAGUUUCUUUUGGGCCCUUCAUAUCCAUGGGUCAGCUGUCUCAGGUGCUUGCAAGACUAUUCCCCUUCAAGCGAGGUCUCUGUCAUGCAUAUUGGGCCCCAAAUUUCUGGGCUCUGUACAAUGUGAUGGACAAAAUAUUGUCUGUCAUUGAUGUAAAGUUACAACUGCUGGAUCCUGCCAGGCUUUCAAAGGCAUCAAUGACAGGAGGUUUAGUGCAGGAGUUCCAGCAUGCUGUCCUACCGUCUGUGGCACCGUUUGCAACAUUAGUCUGUACUUUGCUCUCAAUAAUGCCUGCUGUUCUCCAACUUUGGUUAAGACCUCGAGGACCUAGAGGGUUCCUUCAAUGCCUCGUCCUUUGUGCAUUGGGGUCAUUCAUGUUUGGCUGGCACGUACAUGAAAAGGCCAUUCUCAUCGCCAUCCUACCUCUGAGUUUGUUAGCUGUGGAAAAUAGAAAAGAUGCUGGAACGUACCUCAUUUUAGCCACAACAGGGCAUUUUUCCCUCUUCCCACUCCUCUUCACAGGACCAGAGAUGCCAAUUAAAAUCGGUCUCAUGCUGCUGUUCACUAUAUAUAGUUUCUCUGCUCUGCAAGCUUUGUUCAGGAGAGAGAGAUCACUUACAAACCUACCAGAAUCCAUCUACCUCAGCGGUCUUAUUCCUCUGGAAGUUAUUUGUGAGAUUAUUUAUCCCCUAACAGCAUGGCAGCAGAGAUUUCCCUUUGUGCCACUGUUGCUCAUCUCCGUAUACUGUUCACUCGGAGUUACCUACUCUUGGAUUAAACUGUACAUUUCAGUCCUGACAGAGCCAGGAACUGACAAGAAGAUGAAAGCACAAUAGUUGAUGGAUUAGUUUUCACACUUUACUCAGAAAUGUGAAUGUGUUGUUAACUUGGAGUUAAAGUAUGCAAAUCAUGGGUGCAUUAAAGGAAUCACGUCCUGGACAGAAUAUAAGAAUCAUGGAUGAAAGACAUAUUCUGGUCUUGAGGCCUUUGCAGCUGGGAUAUAGACCUUAUUUUGCUACAGAUUGCAAAAAUAUUCGUGCUGGGAAUGGGAUGAUAUUUCAAACAUUGAUAUACUUUCAGUACCUUUAACAAUAAUGGCUCGGUAAUAAGUCCUUGAUGUUUUGGUUAAUUUUGUUAACUUGGAAAAUUGUUUCCUGGUAAUUAAAGACUUGUUCUUUUCCUUUUGUUUAAUGAAAUUCUUGUGAUCCCACCAACAAUUGGUGUCAAAUGUUUUCACAUUAAUUUGUAAUGAAAAAUCAUUCCAUGGUGACCAUUAAUGUUAGAAUUAUAAUGAAACUGAAUUGUUAAAUAUAAAAUAUAGUAUCACUUCUAUGAGAACUGCAAUAACUUCUCUUUAAGUUGAGGUAUACUAUAAAAUGUAGGAACAAAGUAGGUCAUUCAUCCCAUUGAGUCUGCUCUGCCAUUCAAAAGGAUCAUGGCUGAUUCAAUCUAAUGAUUCUCAACCGUAAUUUCCUGCCUUUUCCCCAUACUCUUGAUUCCCUUACUAAUUAAAAACCAAUCUCGGCUUUGAAUAUUCUGAAGGACCCAGUCUCAACAGCUCUCUGUGAUAAAGAACUCUGCAGAUACGCUAGCCUCUGUCAGAAAUAAAUCCUCAUCAUCUCUGUCUUAAAUGGCUGACCCUUAUUUCUGAGAUUUUAUCCUCUGGUCCUACACUCUCCCAGAGAGGGAGACAACCUUUCCACAUCUACGCUAUGAAGCCUCUUUAAAAAUCUUAUGUUUCAAUAAGGCCUCCUCUCACUUCUAAUUGCAAAGGAGUACAAUCCCAGCCUACUCAAUAUCUCCUCAAAAGAAGAUCCUUUCAUGCCUGGAUUCACUCCUUCGAACUGCUUCCAAUGCCAGUAAAUCUUUGCUUAGAUAAGGACCCAAAACUGUUUACAGUAUUCUAGGGAAGGACUGACUAGUGCCUUGUAUACUUUCAAGAGGACUUCCCUAUUUUUAUCUUCGAUUCAUUUCAAAAUAAAGGCCAACAUUCCAUUUAUGCUAGUAUUUUGUUAUUCACGGACAAACUUCAUAUCCCAGUGUGCUGCAGUUUUUAUCCAUUUAAAUAUUCACCUCCUCUAUUCUUCCUGCCAAAGUAUAUAAACUUAAACUUACCAACAUGUUCCAUGUGCCACCUUUCACUCAUUCAUCUAACCUGCCCAUACUUCUCCGUAGGUUCUUUGUGUCAUCCUCACCACUUGCUUCCAAUAUACAUUUGUGUCAUCUGCAAACUUGGCUGUAGUACAUUCACCCUCUUCAUUCAAGUCCUUAAUAAAUAUUGUAAAUAAUUGUGACUCUAGCACUAAUCUCUGCAGUACUCCACUAGUAACUGGUUGGCAUCCUGAAAAAUGCCCCCUUUAUCCAAGUCUGUCUUCUAUCACCCAAACGUCACAGGCUCUUAUUAUUCUGUUGCCUUUAGUGCGGUAUCUCAUUGAACAUCUUUUUAAAAUCUACAUGUUUUACAUCUACUGGUUCCUCUUUAUGUUGCUGUUACCUCCUCAAAAAAUUCCAAUAUAUUUGUCAGGCAUGAUUUCCUCUUCAUGAAGCCAUGUUGACUCUGCGAGGUUAUAUUUCUAGUGCUCCACUUUUACGUCCAUUAUAAUAGACACUAACAUUUUCCCAAUGACAAAUGUGAAGUUAACUAGUCUAUAGUUACCUAUUUUCGGUCUCUGUCCCUUUUUGAAUAUGGCUGUUACAUUGUUUGUUAACUUUUAAAUCUUCUCAGUCCUCUGAUUUACUAUUAAUCUGUCAUAUUUGAUGUUUGUUCAUUUCAAUCUUUAACUUUCUUAGCUAACCAGCUCCCCCAUGUCUAUUUAUCUCUUUCCUAGAAUUCUUCUUCACUUUUUCAAACUGUGAAUGUUAAGUUCGAUCAUGUUAUAGCACUAUUUCCUAGGGUAUCUCUUACUUAUUCAUGAACCCUGCCUCAUGAAACAUUACAGAUCCAAAUAGAAUGAUUGCUGGCUAGGUCCAUAUUGUUCCAGGAAACUAUCCUGAAUGCUUCCUCAGAAUUUCUCCUGAUGGCUACCGCUACCAACUUGAUUUUCUCAAUCUACAUGAAGAUUGAAGUUACUUAUGAUUAAUGAACUGUCUUUUUCACAUGCCCUCAUUAUCUCCUGAUUUAUUCCCUGUCCUACAGAACAGCCACCGUUAAGGGGCCUUUGGACUACACCCAGUGUCUCCUUCCCUUUGUUUCUUAUCUCUACCCAUGUGAAAUCUAUUCUUCCAAUCCAAGAGCAUUUCUUACUCUUGUAUUUAUUCUGACCUGUACUGACAAAGUUAUCCCACCCAACUUUCCUUCCAGCUUGUCCUUUUGAAAAGUCAUAUACUCCUGAAUAUUUAGUUCCCAGUUUUGGUCUGUCAGAUCAUUCCUGAAUUUGUGAUAAUUAAUUUAUUUUGUUCUGAAUACGACAUACAUUGACACACAGACGUUAAUUUUGCCUUUUUAACCAUCUCUCCUCGACAAUGUAUUUGUAUUUGCUGCUUUUUUAAUGGUUGUACACAUCCCUUGUUAUCGCACUGAGUGUUAUUUAUUACCUAAAUGGCAACCAUGCAAUGUUGUCAUAUCCUUUCUCUUUGUAUGCCUAUGUAUCCCCCCCUCCAGAAACAUCCAUUACUAAUUAGUUUAAAGCUCUCUCUGCAGCCCUGAGUUGUUCAAUUUGUUAGGGCACUAGUGAACCCCUGUUCGACUGGAACAGCUCCUUCUACCCUAGUACUGAUAUCAACGGAGCAUGAAAUCCAUUGCAUUCACACCAGUCUUUAAACCAUGCAUUUAACUCCAAUUUUAUUAACCCAAAAAAACUGCAGAUGCUGUAAAUCAGAAAUAAAAACGGAAAUUUUUGGAAAGGUUCAACAGGAAUGGCAGCAUCUGUGGACAGAAAUCACAAUUAACAUUUGGGUCAAGUGACCCUUCCUCAAACUUUACCCUAUACUAGUUUGCCUGUGACUCGUAUAACAUUUAUGAGAUGAUUACCUUCGUGGUUCUGUUUUUCAGUUUUGCUCUGAACUGUUGGAAAUCUUUCAGUAGAACCUCCUUUCUAGUGCUGUCAAUGUCAUUGGUAAGUGGAUGGUGAUAUCUAGAUCCCUCCCUUCUCUUUCCAAGUUCCUCUCCCACCCCAGGAGAUAUCCUUAACCCGAGCACAGGCAGCUAAUACAGUCUUUGAGAUUCUCACUCAUGGCUGUAGAGAACAGUAUCUAUUCACCUAUUAUGCUGGCCUUUACCCCUGUAACAUUACUAUUGCCUCCUGUCACUUGAAUGGCUCCCUGUAGCAGGGUACUGUGACUAUCUCACUCAUCUUCCUUGCUGUCCCCGCUUUUGUCUACACAAGAAUCUUGUAACUGUUGAGCAAUUGCUAUGAAAAUAAAAACCUUCCUCUCUGUUGUGGUUCUGUUUGCCGAGCUGGGAAUUUGUGUUGCAGACGUUUCGUCUCCUGUCUAGGUGACAUC